GUGAGUGUCACCUGGAGCCGCCGCUGCUGCUGCCCGGGCGGGUCACUCAGAGCCGGGCAUCCCUGGCGACAUGACGGGGCACAGGCAGCAAUGAGGAGACAGCAGCUGCAACAGAGCACGGAGGGUGACCCGCAGCGCCGGGACAUGCACCAGGGUGACCCGAAACAUGGUGACCCGCAGCGGAGGGACAUGUACCAGGGUGACCCGAAACUUGGUGACCCGCAGCGGAGGGACAUGUACCAGGGUGACCCGAAACAUAGUGACCCGCAGCGGAGGGACAUGUACCAGGGUGACCCGAAAGUUGGUGACCCGCAGCGCAGGGACAUGUACCAGAGUGACCCGAAACUUGGUAACCCGCAGCGCAGGGACAUGUACCAGAGUGACCCGAAACUUGGAGACCCGCAACGCAGGGAAACGUACCAGAGUAACACGAAACUUGGUGACCCGCAGCGGAGUGACAUGUACCAGAGUGACCCGAAACUUGGAGACCCGCAGCGCAAACCCCUCUCCACACCCGCAGACUCCACACCCGUAGCCCCCACACCCGCUGUACCCCCCUCCCGGGCAGUCUCCCCCCGCCGCCCCCCAGCUCCCCACACCCGGUGUCCCGCUGCCGCAGCUGCUCGGGCUGGUUCGCCCCGUGGGCCGGGUGCUGCUCUUCUUGCUGCCGGUGUAUGUGUGCGGGCGGCUCGGGCUCAGCGUCACCUGGGUCAUGUUCGGGCUCUUCCUCUGGAUGUUCUGGAACCGAAACAAGAGAUCGAAACUGGCCCGAAUGCGGGCGGCCUGGGACCUGCUGGAGAACGAGUGUCAGGAGGUGACCCGCGGGCUGAGCGCCCAUCAGCUGCCGGCCUGGGUGCAUUUUCCGGAUGUAGAACGGGUGGAGUGGGUCAAUAAGGUUGUGCAGCAAAUGUGGCCAUACUUUGGUUUGUAUGUGGAAAAAUUGUUCCAAGAGAAGAUUGAGCCACUGAUCCGAGCAUCCAACGGUCACCUCAAAGCCUUCACUUUCACCAAGGUCCACUUUGGAGAAAAGUCUCCCAGGAUCAACGGCGUGAAAGCUUAUACCAAGAAGGUGGACAAGAGAGAGGUGAUCUUGGAUGUGCAGAUCUGUUACACAGGAGACUGUGAGAUUAACGUGGAGGUGAAGAAGCUGUGCAAGGCCGGAAUUAAUGGAGUGCAGAUCCACGGGACGCUGAGGAUGAUCUUGGCUCCUCUGUUGUCUGAUGUGCCGUUUAUUGGAGCUGUGACAAUGUUCUUCAUACAGAAGCCGCUCCUGGAAAUUAAUUGGACAGGAUUAACUAAUAUCCUAGAAAUCCCAGGAGUCAGUGACAUGUCGGAUGGUAUGAUAGUCGACCUCAUCGCAUCAUAUUUAGUGCUGCCCAACAGGUUCACCUUCCCUCUAAGUGGCCAGGUGAAUGCGGCCCAGCUCCGAUUCCCGGUGCCGCAUGGGGUGUUAAGACUUUAUCUGAUUGAAGCGGAACACCUGAUCCCUAAGGACACUUACCUGAGGGGCAUGAUAAAGGGCAAGUCUGACCCUUACGCUGUCAUGCGGGUGGGAAACCAGACCUUCAAGAGCAAAACAAUAAGGGAGAAUCUGAACCCUCGCUGGAACGAGAUGUAUGAGUUUGUGGUACAUGAGGUCCCCGGGCAGGACCUGGAGAUUGACCUGUAUGACGAAGAUCCCGACAAGGACGACUUUCUGGGAAGCCUGGUCAUCAAUCUGGAGAGCGUCAUGAAGGAUCGGAUUGUGGACGAGUGGUUCCCGCUGUGCGAUGUGGCCAGUGGGUCAGUCCAUCUGAAACUUGAGUGGCACUCGCUCCUUGCGUCACAAGAAAAGCUAAGUGAGGCGAAUAGCGGAAUGACCACGGCGAUGGUGAUCGUGUAUUUGGACAGCGCCAGCAGUUUGCCGAAAAACCAUCUGGAAUAUACAAACAAUGAAUACACCACAAGAAAGCAGCGAUACACAAACUUCCCGAAGAAUGACAGGGAUCCUAGCUCGUAUGUCACCAUUUGCGUGGGAAAGAAGUCGGUGAAAAGCAAGACAUGCUCAGCCACCAAGGACCCCGUGUGGGAACAAGCCUUUGCUUUCUUUAUACAGGACGUCCACAUGCAACAUCUUCACGUGGAGGUGAAGGACAACGACAGACAGUGCGCGCUGGGGAUGCUGGACAUUCCUUUACAUCGUCUGCUCGUCAGCAAAGAUCUAACUGUGGACCAGAGAUUCCCACUUACUAACUCCGGGCCCAACAGUUUCAUCAAGAUGAAGAUAGUCCUGAGGGUUCUGCACAUAGAGGAACCGGACCCCGAGAGUGUCUAUGCUGGAAUCAACUCCUUGAAACAUGGUCCUGUCUCUAUCAGACGGGCACAUCAGGAGAAGGAAAAGCACCACGGCAAGCCUCACAAGCAGCCUGAAGCCCAGCAGAGCCAGAUCCACAGCGUUCCACAGAACAUGCUGGUACGGAAGGAGAGCUCUGGCAGCAGCGCCCACCGGGUCAACCACUUGACGUCCGAGCAGAAACCGUCUCUUGACCAGAGUUCCACAAGCACUGGUACCAACUCGGUUCCCCGUACGCCGAACCUAAGACACUUGAAGAGAAUUGCCCCCAGCCUGAUCUCGCUGAACUCUGUCGCUUCCUCCGUGUUCGACCUUAAUGAGUCCAGCCUACCUUAUGUGGUGUCUGGCGAGAUCAGCAUCUCUGUGCGAUACGCCUCCUUGCGACGCUGCUUAUUUGUCUCAAUCAACGGCUGCAGGAAUCUAAUGCAGUGCUCAAGCCACGGAGCGGACCCCUAUGUGCGGAUAUACCUGCUCCCAGACAGGAGGUGGGCCAGCCGGAAGAAAACAACUAUAAAGAAGAAGACUCUUAAUCCCAUCUAUAAUGAAAAGUUCGAGUUUCUGGUUUCCUUGGAUGAUGCCAAGAAGAGGAUGCUAGAUAUUGCAGUGAAGAACAACAGACCAUUUGGAUCACAUGAGAGGAAAGAGAUGGGGAAGAUAAUGGUGGAUCUAUCGACGGAAGAUGUAGACCAGGGAUUCACAGAGUGGUUCGAGCUGACAGCCACCGGCCACCCGGACUCCUAAUUAAGCGUCUACAUCAGCCUGCACCUCAUCUGCAUAUGUAAAUAUGUAUAUUUGUAACUAAUUUUUGCAAACCAAAAUAUAAAUAGAUGUUAUUCUUAUUUUGUCAAAACCACAAAGGUUUGUGGCUGCAAUGUAUUUAUUUUCUAAAAAGUAAAAUGUAUUAUGUAAAAACCUAUUCCUCAUGCACAUCCUGAUCCAUAUUGUGACUAUGUACAAACCAUACGUUCAUCCCCCAAAUCUGUUAAUAUUUAUUAAUUAAAGGCACUGAUCUUAUUUAUUCGCAAAUGACCGAAUCUGCUGUUUGCACUCCGGAACGUUACUUAAUAAAAUUAUUUUCGUUUUAAA